CCCAAAUAAUACUAAGUGCAUUUCUGGUGGUAUAAAAAAAGAGCUGUUUAAUGGACGCUUGUGGUAUAUAUAAACUCACACGCUCAACACUAUCUAUGUCCAGCUCUGAUGCCGCUACCAAGGCGCCUCCUGUUAAUUCACCGGCAGGGACGCAGGUUACCCCGAAACCUCAGGCACAGCAAUUGCCGGUCUUCAUCAUAAACUAUCCUCGCAUCCAGGUGCCUUUUGAAAUCACUCUGUGGAUUUUACUGGCGUCGUUUGCCAAGAUUGGUUUCAACAUGUACCACAAGAUAACCAUUUGGAUCCCAGAGUCCUGUCUGCUGAUCAGUGUGGGUCUGGUGGUGGGGGGCAUCAUGUAUGCGAUACACAGGAUGCCCCCGGCCGUGCUCACCUCCAACGUCUUCUUUCUGUAUAUGUUGCCCCCCAUCGUGCUGGACUCCAGCUAUUUCCUGCCAACACGGCCGUUCUUCGAGAACGUGGGCACGGUGCUCUGGUUCGCCGUGGUUGGCACACUCUGGAACUCGUUGGGCAUCGGGGUGUCGCUCUAUGGCGUGUGCCAAAUCGAGGCACUGGGCCUCAAGGACAUCAACCUGCAGGAGAACCUGCUGUUCGCCUCCAUCAUCUCUGCCGUGGAUCCUGUCGCCGUGCUGGCUGUGUUCGAAGACAUUAGCAUCAACGAGCAGCUCUACAUCGUGGUCUUCGGCGAGUGCCUGUUCAAUGACGCCGUCACUGUGGCACUGUACAACAUACUCAGCUUUGUGGCCACCAUGCCGGAGGUGGCGACAGUGGAUGUUUUUCUUGGCAUCGCUCGCUUCAUAGUGGUUAGUCUGGGCGGCCUGGUCUUCGGGUCCCUGUUUGGCUUCGCGGCAGCGUUCACCACGCGCUUUACCGCCCACGUGCGUGAGAUCGAGCCCCUCUUCGUCUUCAUGUUCACCUACUUGGCCUACCUGGUGGCUGAGCUCUUCUCACUCUCCAGCAUCAUGGCCAUUGUGACCUGUGCUCUGACCAUGAAGUACUAUGUGGAGGAGAAUGUGGCCCAGCGCUCCUGCACCACCAUCCGGCACGUUGUCAAGAUGCUGGGCACCAUGUCGGAAACACUUAUCUUCUUUUUCCUUGGUGUGGCCACAAUUACCACUGACCACGAGUGGAACUGGGGCUACAUCCUCUUCACCCUGCUGUUUGCAUUCGUCUGGAGAGCCCUGGGCGUUUUUGUCCUCACUCAGAUCAUUAAUCCUUUCCGCACAAUCCCAUUCAACUUCAAAGACCAGUUUGGCCUGGCAUACGGAGGGCUGCGUGGGGCCAUCUGCUUUGCCCUGGUGUUCCUGCUUCCACAAAACAUCACUUGCCGGAACCUGUUCAUCACCGCUACCAUCGUUAUCAUUCUAUUCACUGUGUUCAUUCAGGGGAUCAGCAUCCGGCCUCUGGUGGAGUGUAUGAAGGUCAGGAGGACCAACAGGAAACUGGGCACCAUUAACGUUGAGAUUCACAAGAGGCUGAUGGAGCACACCAUUGUCGGCAUUGAGGACAUCUGUGGACAGUGGAGCCACUAUUACUGGAAGGACAAGUUUAAGAAGUUCAACGACCGAGUCCUCAGGAAGAUUCUUAUAAGGGACAACAGGGCUGAAUCCAGCAUUGUCGCCCUGUACAAGAAGCUAGAACUGCAGAAUGCCCUGGAGCUUCUGGGCCCCGCCCCCAGCGACCUCAGUGCUGCACCCUCACUCAUGGAUUUGCAUGUGGAGACAAAGCCAAUGGCCAGAACGAAGAGGAAUUUCCCGGCAAGCGACCUGAGGAACAUGCAUGAGCUGCUGUCGAAGAACAUGUACAAAAUCCGACAGAGGACGGUGGAGUACACCAAGAAGAGUGCUUUGCCCAAUGACUCCAAGGUCAGAGAGAUCCUGAUCCGGCGACACAUCAGCGUCCGACACAGCUUCCGGGUUGGAAGUUUCCCAGGAACGGGUGUGUCCAGGCGACACAGGUUUUUCUCAUUGCCUCCCAGAAAGAACAUGGAAUCCAGGCCCCCCCCGAGGAGACCUAGCUAUGCCAGUUCCAGAGGCACAGACCUGGAACUGGAGCCCCUCUCAGCCACAUCCAGCGCGAGCCAAUUGCAGCGGUUCUCGUCCUCCCACGAAAGGCCAAUGCAGAACCUCUACCGCCAACCGGAACGGCUUGAGGACGACUUGGGCCAGCAAACCUCCCGGGAGCCAAUAGCAGAAGGAUUAUGGGGGCAACGCCAAAGAGAUUCCUGGACAGCCCGUCGCUGCUCUCGUAGUCGUGACGAGAACAGCCCAGGUGGGGGGAAUCUUCUGCCAUCUGCACCCACAGGCUGGGUCCAGGAGCCUCUCAUCCAGGAAGGGGGUAGAUCCCAGAAGCACCUGAACAGGAGACCACAUUGGAGACCUCAAAACCCCCAUGGUCCUCAAAGCCCAGGGCAGGUGGACUGACCCAUGAUGACCAAACCUGACUAACAAACCCACUGUUUCCACCCCAGACAAACCAAAAAUGUAUCUUUAUUUCA